AUGCCUUUGCGUGACAGCGAUGUUACGGUAAAACGACAUAACUUCAAUGCAUUUGCAUUUGAGAAUUUGGAUGCCGAACCUAUUGAUGCUGAAAUGUGGAAUACCGAGGAUUAUCUGGCACUUUACUUAGAAUAUGACCAAAAUAAUCGACCAAUUGCCUAUGGAGGACCAUUGCAAGAAUAUGGCAAUUAUACUAUGGAGCAGAUAUUGUGGCAUUGGUUGGAACCGGCCAAAGGCCAAGAGGCUACACCAUUUGCAGCUGAACUGCACAUAUUGUUUUAUCACAUAAACUAUAGGAAAUUAAUUAAAUCCAAAGGAAAUCCAUAUUACAGCUGCAUGGCUAUGGUGUUUCCCUUCAAGGUCGUCCAGGAGACAAGACUACGAUUUUUCUCCGAAAUCUCUCAACUUUUACCAAUGUUAAGGACUCCGUCGGAAGUGGUUUUUGUUCCGAAUCACACUAUUCCCUUGUUGGCAGAGCUAAUAAAUGGAAACAUUAGCCAAUUUUAUUCAUAUCAAGGGGCAACCUGUUACACCGACAAUCGAAGGGAAGUUACUUGGUUCGAUUUUAUCUCACCCAUUGAAGUGGGAAUAGAUUUUGCCCAGCAAAUGGAAUAUAUAGAAGCCAAGGAUCAUACACCGAUAAUAAAAAAACUUGUAAAGCAAGAGAGUCCCCAGGGAGUUAUUUUAAAAUCAUUUGAUAAUAGCGGAGUUACCGAAAACAUUGUAGCAGCUGUAUGGCUAUUUAUACUCUUCUUUGUUAGAGCUCAAAUACAAGAGCAAGCUUUUAAUGUGAAUUAA